ACCGCCAGUGCGGAGGGGAGCUGGGCGAGUACACGGGCUACAUCGAGUCGCCCAACUACCCGGGCAACUACCCGGCCAACGUGGAAUGCACCUGGAACAUCAACCCGCCGCCCAAGCGCAAGAUCCUCAUCGUGGUCCCGGAGAUCUUCCUGCCAUCCGAGGACGAGUGCGGGGACGUCUUGGUCAUGCGGAAAAACUCCUCCCCCUCCUCCAUCACCACGUACGAGACGUGCCAGACGUACGAGAGGCCCAUCGCCUUCACGGCCCGCUCGCGCAAGCUGUGGAUCAACUUCAAAACCAGCGAGGCCAACAGCGCCCGGGGCUUCCAGAUCCCCUACGUCACCUACGACGAGGACUACGAGCAGCUGGUGGAGGACAUCGUGCGGGACGGCAGGCUGUACGCCUCCGAGAACCACCAGGAGAUACUCAAGGACAAGAAGCUCAUCAAAGCGUUCUUCGACGUGCUGGCGCACCCCCAGAACUACUUCAAGUACACGGAGAAACACAAGGAGAUGCUGCCGCGCUCCUUCAUCAAACUCCUCCGCUCCAAAGUCUCCAGCUUCCUCAGGCCUUACAAAUAGCCCCCUGCACCCCGCCGCCUCCCGGGCCACCCUCCGUCCAAGGAAACUUUCUUCUCCUUUCCUACUUAUUUCAUUUUUUCUCUUUCCUCCUCCUCGGCUUUGGAAACCAACAGGAUCGCCAAGUCUCGCUCCGCAGAUGCCUCAACACGAUUUCUCCUCCGCCCGCUCCGGC